AUGGUCGAAGACAUGUAUGAGACACUCAAUGGGCUGCCAAUAAAUAUCCCGACUAACCUGAUGAUUAGGUCUGACGAGGGCAUCCCUAUACCAUACGUCGCAGGCGUCUCUCUACGCCUUGAAAUUACCCAAAACUACCAAGACUUACCCUUUCCCCGAGUGACUGCGGCAUCCAUUACUAGGGUACUCGAUAUCACCAUGUCUUCGGUAAUGUGCGUUACCAUUACUCUAGACUCAGGCCAAGACAUUCACGCAGUCCUUAAACUGUACGAUCGUCGGUUCGGCGUGGAUCUUCGCGACUACAGAAUGGUACAUUUGCCUCUUACCACUGAAAAGCAAGCGUUGUUCAACUCCUUUGUGAGGCGAAAGGCAAUCGGCCCUUUUCUCACACAGCUGGCCCAAGACCAAGAAAGGGAACUUAUACCAAUCCCACCCCAUCACCACCUCGACGACGACAACUUUGAGGGCAGUGAAAAGUACGAAGCAGCUCUCUGGAAGGAUUGUGAUGACAUGUUUAACUGUGAGACCAAGGCCUAUGAGUUGCUGAAAGAUCUUCAAGGAGCCGGAAUACCGCGUUUGCUGGCCGCCGUCCGGCUAGUGAACACAAGCUCUAGCAUACCCUCGGAUCUCAUCGACGGACCUGAUGCUAAGUAUUGGGAUGUUCAUGGCAUUCUCCUCCAGUACAUUCCUGGAAUUAAUCUGAUCAAUCUCGACGGCUCAUCAAUAGAUGUCAAUGAAUGGCCGAUCUUCGUACAGCGUUCUGUAGAUUUGGUUCACAAAAUCAAUGAAUACGGCGUGGUUAUGAUGGAAUGUUCCGCGCGCAACGUGAUUGUGGACCAACAGUCGCAACAACCUUUUGCUAUCGAUUUCGCGCAGUGUUGGUUCAAGCAUGAAAUGAAAAUGUGGGAGCCAGGCAAUGAACAGGACGAUGAGGAAGAUGAGGAGGAGGAGAGUGAGGAGAAAGUGACUAAAGAGAAAAAAGAUAAAGAGAAGGAGGAUGAAGAAAAAAAGAACGAAGAGAAAGAUGACGAAGAGAAAGAUGACGAAGAGAACGAGGACGAGGACAGCGAGAUUGAUCUAGAAGAUGAGUACUGGUAUUGA